UAGAGAGAGGGACCAUUGGAUCUCUGCCUCUGCUUGGAUCUUUCUAUGGUCCCUACUGCUCUGGCUGGCUUUGGAAGAAGAGCCUAUGUAAGCAGUCCCUGACUUCCACUUUCCUCAUUGCUGCGACAACAGCUACUUGUGUUCCUGCCAUGGCUUACUCUGGAAACUAAGGCGACCACUUCGGCCUGCGGAAGACAGACAGCCACAGCAGGACCCAAUGGAUAAUAAAGGCAUGUAUUUGCACAACUUCGGGGACCGGGAGAAUGGCUCCAUCUUUGAGGAGACUUUCGAGGGCAGGAGCCUAUCCAAACUGAACCUGUGUGAGGAUGGUCCAGGUAGUAAGAGGAGAUCAGGAAAUUGCUGUGCCCAGCUUGGAUCCUUGUCUGUGUUGAAGUAUGCUGUGGUUGGCCUCUAUCUGCUGGUAUUCCUGAUUCUUGUGGGCAUCUUCAUCCUGGCAGUCUCCCGGACGCAGAGCUCUCCAGAUGACCUGAAAGCCCUCACCUGGAAUGUGAACCGGCUGAAUGAGAGUUUCCGGGACUUGCAGCUAAGGCUCCUGCAGCUCCCACUCCGGGGGGACACGAUGGAGCACAUCUGGAAGCUGCAGGACCUGUUCCAGAACCACUCAGACUCUCUGCGCCUGCUUUCGGGCUCCCUGCAGAGGCUGGAAGGGAACAUGUGGAACCUACAGACCCAGGCCGGCCAGACGGAGCAGGCCAUCUCCCUCCUUCGGGACAGUAGCAGCCAGCAGCACGAGGCAGCCCAGAUGCAGCUCUAUCACCUCCAGGUGGAGAGUAACAGCAGCCAGCUGCUGCUCCAGCACCAUGCCCGGCUCCUGUCGGAGCUGGCCUCCAGAGUGAGCAGCCUGGGCGAGGAGCUGGCCGAAAUGACCGGGGCCCUGGGAGGCAUCAACCAGAGCCUCUCCUACGACGUGAGCAUCCACCACACUCAGCUCCGCGACCUGCAGGUGCUGGUCAGCAACGCCAGUGAGGACGCUCGGCGCAUGCGCAGAGUCCAUCUCGGCAUGGAGCUGCAGCUCAAGCAGGAGCUGGCCAUCCUCAAUAAUGUGACGGAGGAACUGAGGCUCAAGGACUGGGAGCACUCCGUGGCCCUGAGGAACAUCACCCUCAUGAAAGGGCCCCCAGGACCUAAAGGUGAUCCAGGAAAUGAAGGAAGAGGAGGGACACCUGGUGCUCCUGGUAUACCUGGACCAAGAGGUCUUACAGGUGAGAGAGGUUCUCCUGGGCAGCCUGGCCUGAAAGGAGAUGAUGGGGCAUUGGGAGCCCCAGGACCCAUGGGAAUGCGUGGAUUCAAAGGUGAAAGGGGUCCUAGAGGAGAGAAAGGAGAAAAAGGAGAGAGAGCUGGUGACCCAGGUAAGGAUUCUGAUGGCCUGACAAUCCGGCUGGUAAAUGGCUCUGGGCCCCAUGAGGGACGUGUGGAAGUGUACCAUGACCGGCGCUGGGGGACAGUGUGUGAUGACGGCUGGGACAAGAAGGACGGGGAUGUGGUGUGCCGGAUGCUGGGCUUCCGAGGAGUGGAGGAGGUGUACAGGACUGCUAGAUUUGGGCAAGGCACAGGGCGGAUUUGGCUAGAUGACGUCGCUUGCAAGGGGACAGAAGACAGCAUCCUCCAAUGCAGUUUCUCCAACUGGGGGAAGACCAACUGUGGCCAUGCAGAGGACGCAGGGGUGACGUGCAACAGACACUGAGCAGCUGCCCAGAGUGCCUUGGCAAUAUAGCUGCUGGCCUCCAUUUCCCGUCACUGGGGAAGCCGAGACCUUGCACCCAGGCAGCCCAGACUCGCAUUUCUGCUCAGCCCCGGCACCCUGCCCUGCACUGCACCCCUAAGCCUACUGCCCACUAAGAGCCGACAUAACUCUCUAGUUAGACAGCUGCUAAAAACAGUGCCUCUGGGAUCAAAUGCAAAUCUUUUUCCUCCUGGAUGAACUGGAUUGACAAUCUGCUGACCUUGUAGCUCCAUAGAACCCAUAUCAUGCUUGUUUUCAUUCUGUCAGUAACAGUUAAAUGCUGGGGAUGUGUCAAAAGCAACUCAGUUAUCUGUGGCCAUGGGGAGCGGGGCUAGCAUGGAUAAUUAAAACUACAGAAAGUUC